AUGGGUAUGAAAUUUUUGAUCCGAAAAUUCUGCACCAAGGCUGAACGGAGUUCUGGCUGCCUAACGCAAGUCCUUUCCCACCCGAAUCGAACGCCGCGGCGGUGGUAUUUUCAGCUAUCGACCCCCCGAAAGGACCCCAGCGCGGCGACCUCGCUGUCCGGUGACCCCCCCAAGCGCCCCCCGACUGACCCGCCGGCCUAUUACAACUUUUCGACCCUUGCGCAGCAGGACGCGCAUCUCAAGCGACCCCGGCGGUCGUCCUCGGGGUUUGUGUUUUACGGCGAUCGGCCGUCCAUGGAGGCGGCGGCCCCAGCCGACGCCGCGGACCCGCACUGGCUGAUCCACCUCUCGCGGCGGGAUACCAUUGACGUCCACACCACCAAAGCCAUCCCCCUCAGCGUGGACGUCUCGGUGAAGAAGUUCCUCGACAUGUUCUGCGAUUACGACGCGAAGCGGUGCAAGCUCUGCAAUGAGUCGUUUAUGUCCUGGCAUACACACCAAAACGGCAUCCCCCACAGCGGGCGCGAGGCCUUACUGAUGGAGAUGGUCCGCCCGUACUGCGGGACCCCGGAGGCGAUCACGCAGAUGUGGUGGGACCGCCUCCACGCCUCCGACGACUUUCGCCGCAUCCCCAACCUCAGCCACGCCGAUCCCCACCGGCGAAAGCGCAGGCUGCAGUAUCUUCUGCGCUUUCUCACCGACCGUGGGGUGCUUCGCGAUGCCUUUAACGUCCACUCCAACAGCUCCGGCGCGGGGCGUUCGUGGGAGUUUGAGCGGCUGGAGUGGAUGGGCGAUAAUGUCGUGAAGUACAUGUUUAAUAAUCGGCUGAGUUGUAUCUUUCCGGUGAACGAGGGGGGGAUUCGCGGGAAGCUGGGCUACGCGCAAUUUAUAAUCGACGGGAAUGACGGCCUCGCACGUGCCUACGACUACCUGGAGCUCCAACAACUAACGCAAAGUGAUCGCGUCGUGAGCAAGUUCAAAAGUGACGUGGUGGAAACGCUUUUUGGGGAGUUGGAGGUUUAUUUGUGGUCGACAGAGCUCGACUUGGGGACCACACGCCAUGCCAUACCAUUUGGAAAGGACAUCUACGCGAUUCGCGCAUUAGUAGGCCAUACCAUGGAGGAAUUAGGGCAUGUGAUGUUCAUGUACCACGUCGACCAUCUGUUAGGGGCGCUUAGACGGAUUAUCCGAGAGAACCAAUUACAGCUUGUGCGGGCCGACCCGAGUUUGCGUGGCCAAAACGAUGCUGUGCAGGAACUGGCGGGGUCGCUUUACCACACCAAGAAGGCCUCGAUCCUGCCGUGCUCCCGCUUUACCGCACAGAAAAUCAUCCAAAAUCACCAAGUCGUCACCUCUUUGUACAAUGAAUCUACAAAUUACGAGAAAUUCAAGCGGGUGACCCCGUUGGGAGGUUUAGAACCCUUUCCUUUGUUAAAGCUGGACACGUCCUCAAACUUUACGCCGCAUUUGCAAAACGGGACGAACUUAUCAGAGCGCCUGGAUCCCUUGUGGUCUCAAGGCCCGUACUUUUCUUUCGGUGCAAAGAACGAAGAUAGUACCAACACCGCUGCUAAUACGUCAAGGUUGGGUAUCAUACAGGAAGGCGCCACGGGGGAGACUUUCUAUCGCCUCAAGGAAGCUCCCACGCGGCGCCGUGGUAAACCGGUCCUUCUCAACUUAUACACCUCCCUUGACGAGAACCUUAUUACUGAACUGAUCUAA